AUGGUUUUGGGAAUACAGUCUCAGUACAGAACACAAACAAAAAAUGCGGGGAUUCGCUGGUCGUCACCGACCCAACUACUAGUCCGCCGAUCUGAGGCUUAUGUAUGGCAGAGCGGACGGGAUGCCCAGUUCUCCUCAGUCUAUGGUCGCAUGCGACUCUCGUCGCUCGAGACCCCCGUCAAGUCCACUCUGGACGAUCAGCGCAUCUUUGAUUUGAGUGAACGCCCGGUGCGAGCAGGAACUGAGCCUCGCACACUGAAUCAUCGACACAGCAUUGACGCCGGCAUUCUCGGGCUUCCUUCUAUGGCUCAGCCAAACCUGUAUGCCAUGUCGUCACCUCCGCAAUACCCGAUUCCACCUCGAAAAUCGUCACUCCGUCCGGGUUCAGCUGGGUCAUCUACUUCCCAAGGAUCAUAUGGAUCUCAUAGUUCGCGUGAAUCUCGAGCGACUCAGACAACUCCGCAUUUGCGUGCCGCAAAACAUGACUCCAAACCGUCAGACAUCUCUCUUCCUUUGAGACCGAAAUCAACUUCUGAAAACGAUGAGCGUGACUAUAAUGGUGAAGCAGCAGAGGUGAAGCUCCCCGUGUCUAGCGAUGAAGAGGAAGCUGGUGGAGAUGAGGAUGGUGGAGAAGAAGAUAUUAAAUCAGUCGACGCGACCGAAAUAAAGCUUCCGUCCUCCGACUACGACGAAAACGAACUGCUAGAGGCGACUGACAUUGGGAUCCCUUCCUCGAUUCACGAUGAGAGCAGUGCAUAUCAACCAAAAGUCAAGUUCCAGAGUCCGGAACUCUCGGACUUGCCAGAAAUCGAGAUUACGGAUAUGAGACACACCUCGACCACAGACACAAAGGCACCAAAAGAGGCGACCAAGGAACAAUCAGAAGGCAACGAGUCCAGAUUUACAGACCGGCUUCAACCUUCAAUGAAUGAAGAUGGCGAAAGUAAAUAUACCGAGGAAGGGUUCUCUUCCUUUGUUCCGCCUAUGCAGAGCAAGCCGUCCAUGGGCUCGCUGGACCUUCCGAGAACGAUUAGCAUGAGCAGCAUUCCCUCCAUCAACAGCCCCACACAUCCCCGAAGGAGUGGAAUGACGCUGAAAGAACAAAGUACGACCAUUGACCGCUUGUCAAAGGAAAAUUGGGAUCUCAAGCUGAAAAUUACUUUUCUCAAUUCUGCGCUUAACGAUCGCUCUGACGAAGCAAUCAAGGACAUGAUUGCUGAAAAUGUCGAACUAAAGGCAAGUCUCUUUUCAUCACAGAAGGAGGUUCGAAACUUGCGGAAGACGGUGAAAUCCCUCCAAGACAAGCUUACAGAAAGGGAAGAUGGAGAUGCUCAGCAACGGGAGGCUGAAAAUGCUGGUUCUGACGAUGAGAAGGACUCGCGGUCUUACCGAGAGGUCGAACUAGAAGAAGAAGUGACCUAUUAUAGGAGUAGAAUCGAAGCAUAUGAACGCGAAAUGGAGCGUAUCCGAAAGGAAGGAGUUACGCGUGAGAAUGAAACGCGACGGCUGGCCGAUGCAGUGCGGUCAAUGGGAGAGCGUCGAGGCUUAGACGGGGAUAUCGGAGUCCGCGAAGAAAUCGAUAUGUGGAAAGACAUGUAUGAGACAGAGGCAGCUCGACGUGAGCAAGCCGACGAGGAUGCGCGCAAACUCCGACAGGAUCUUCAAGCUCUCAAGAGUGGCCGAUCGUCGUCGCUUACACCGACCGAUAGUGCUCUCCACAAGAGCAAACGUCUGAAGACCUCUAACUCAAGGCCGGCAUCUCGAGAAACGGAGCAAACCUAUGCCCAUCUAGGAGGGUCUAGUGAUGGAAGCAGCUCGACUUUGGUAGAGCAGCUCAGACAUGAAAAUGCUGAGCUUCGACGCGAAGUGGGUGCUCAAACCUCCAUGCUCACAUCUCGGAACCGGGAGCGAGAACGUCUCUAUCAAGAAAUUGAGGAUCUCAAAUACAAUCAACGACGCGCCGAUGGAGGAAGAUCGGUUGCAGGUGAGAGUAUUUUUGAGCGAUCGGCAUCCCGUGUUAAUCAACGAAACUUUUCACGGGCCGGCGCUGCCACGCGCAUGACUCAAUUGAGUGACCCUGAAAAGGAAGAGCUCGAGAACAAGAACGAUGCUUUGCGGGAUCAGGUGUUGGAACUUCGCCUCAAGAUGCAAGAGAUCGAGCGCAACUAUGCGACAAUGGAAAACCGACUGGGCCUUGCUGAAAGCGAAAAGUUGCAGCAUCAACAAGACAUUCGUCUAUUGGAGAACGACCUGACAGUUUAUAAUCAUGACCUCAGUGUUGUGCAGGCUCAACGCGACGAAGCACUAGCUGUCAACAAAGAUAAAGACGUCGAGUAUGAAGAUCUGAGAAGUGAGGCUCAGCAAGCGAUUGACAAACUCGAAGAAGAAAUCGAUCAAAAGAUUGUACGCAUCGAGAAUCUCGAGCUUGAACUUGAAAAUAGGAAUGAAGAUUUCAAAUCGUUGCAGAACGAGAUGCGGAUGCUGAGCGAAAGCCUGGUGCGCCUUGAGGAUGAACAGCAAUCAAAUGCUCAAAAGGUGCAAAAUCUGGAAGAGGAGCUCGAUGCUGCAAACCAGGAUAUUGAGAGCUACGUGAAGAGCAUUGACGACUCAAACCAAAAAGUCGAGCGGCUGGAAGUCCAACUGGAAUCUCAUGAAGGAGAGAUUGCCUUCCUAAGAGAAGAGCAGGAUGCGGAUAAGAUCAAGAUUGGAGAGCUAGAAGGAUCACUGACGUCGACGCAGUCUAUCUUGCAUCUUGAGCAGGAGAAGGCCAAUGAGCUUGGAGAAAAGCUGGGAGAGGAGCGAUACCAGCGGGAGGUCGUCCUUGCCAAGGAGCGCGAGGAUAAAUUACGCAUCAUUGAGGAACUCAAUCGCGAGGUGUCAAAUGCCAAAGAUGAGAAGCGCAAGCUCAAGAAGAGUAUUGCUGCGAAAGAAGCCGAGGCACUCACUUGGAAACAACGGCUAGCUGAGCUUGAAAACGGUCUGCGUGAGACACUAGGUGACGCGAAUGGCACGCGCACAAGUCUGAUAGAGUCUGUUAUAAAGUUGCAAAAAAUGCUGAGUGCGACUAUGAGCGAGCUCGACAUCACCAAGAAUAACCUUAGCGACAAGGAACGACUGCUCCAAAAUCGGGAUACCCUUCUCGAAAACACUGCUCUUGAGUCGAAGAAACUGUCUGACCUACUUGACCAUGAAAGGCAAGGUCGGCGGCAGGAAAAGGCUCAGUUCGAAAAGGCACAGAGAACUCAUCUUCAAACUAUGCGAACCAUGUCCCAACAAGAGACACGCAUCAUGGAGUUUGAGAACGCAAGGCAGCAAGAACGCCGAAAGGCACACAACCUCGAGCAGCAAUAUAAAAGUCAAUUAGAGGAUCGAAACACUCUUCUUCUCGCGCUGUUUAACCGCCUUUCCACUCUCUGCGGCUCCGAUUGGUCCAAGCAGAAUUGCAAUAUCAAUGGACAAGUGCCCAGUCUCGAAGUCAUCGCCGCAUACUAUCCCAAUUUCAGCAAGACCAUUAUUCUUGCUAUGAAGACCGUCGAGGGUGUACUUGGCGGCGUGAAGACGCGUAUUAGAGCGAUUGAACGAGACCUCACCAAAGAUUAUCAAGAACUCGAGCGCAACGUCCAAGGUCGAUUCAAGCGGCUCGAACGCAUCGAAGGUAUUGUGGCAACUCGAGACUUAUCAAGGGAAUCGCCAGCACCCGGCAAUUCACCGACAUUCACGUCCCUGUCUGGACCUGAAAUCGCCAAGAUCCGCACCGAAAAUAAGAGGCUUAAGGCUGAGCUCAAACACAUGAUACAGCAACACCAACAACUUGGCAGCAAAGAUCAGGCUACUCCUUAUCAUCUCACCCGCUCUGUGACGGAUCCUCCAUUCAACACACCCCGUGUUCCGUCACCAGGUACACUACGACGCACCUCACUCCUUACCCCUUCUACAGCGCUCAACAAACGUUAUUCUGCUUCGGCAGCCGAACACGCGUUCAACACAGCUGCCAAUGCCGGAACUGGUACCAGCGGCAACGAUGCAGUCAGCAGCAGUGCUAGCAAGAGCGGCCUGAGAGACGGUAACGGCAACAGACCUGGUACCGGUACAUCUGGCAGAGAACUCUCUCUAAGCCGCCAACGUCAUCAUCAAAGAGAUGACAGUACCAGUAGCAACAAUGCUGCACCGGCACCUGACGUCCCCACUGCUCCCAAGGAUACCAGCCCUAGUGCCACCACCUCCGACAGCGCCAGUGAAAAGCGCUGGCGCGAACGCCUCAAGGAAAUGGAACGCAGACUAAAAGCGGAGCGUGAAGCCCGCCUGUUGGAUCGAAGCGGUGCCCGACAGCGGCUCGAGGAGGGCAGAGCCCAGAAUGAUGCACUCCGAGAAGAAUUGGAACGGGAACGUGUCAGAAGGGAGUAG